GUAGUACGUACGUCAUCCAUUGACAAGUUGCCUUAGUUGGUCACUGCUGCACAACGCUUUCAACACAACACCAACUACUACGCGUCGCUAGUACCAAGCAAUGCCGCGUAAAGAUGCUGGUAGUGGUCCUAUUUCUGCUCAGGCUCAGCAAGAUCUAGUCUCAGAAGGCAUCGAGAACUUCGAGCUUCCCAAGAGUAUUGUUACGAAGAUAGCAAAGUCGGCAAUGCCAGACAAUGCGAAAUUACAGAAAGAGACAGUGUUGUCUUUGGUGAAGGGUUCGACUGUAUUCAUCAACUACCUCGUGGCGACAGCUCAUGACGUGGCUUUGUCCAAACAGCACAAAAGCAUCUCCGCGUCCGAUGUGCUCAAAGCUCUGGAGAUGAUCGAGUUUGGAGAUCUCGUCGAGAAUCUACAGAAUGAACUUCAAAUUUACAGAGAUAACACAAAAGGAGACAAGGGUCGUAAAUCUGGAACCGCAAGUUCCUCGCACAAGGGCAAGGCCAGAGACAGUGAAUCCGCAUCAGUCGUAUCAAAAUCAAAAGGGAAGGAAAAGGCGACGAAUCUGCCACCGCCAUUCACGUUUGCCCCGAGGGCAGCAGUAGCAUCCUCUGCGUCCCAAUCAGACAUGCAAAACGCUACGGUCGAACAGGAAGUCGAUGAUGAAAUGGGUGAGCCAGGCGAGGGGGAAGACGAAGAAAUAGAGGAGGAAGAAGAAGAAAUAGAGGAAGAAGGGGAGGAAGAGGCACCGGCUGAUAUGAUGGCUAUCGAAGAUGAGGAGCAGCGAAGAGAUGUUGCAGGGUUGGAAGAACCCGAGGUUUUGCCAGCGGAGGGUUGAUCAUAAUGUGAGUCGUGCAAUGAAAACCGACCUACCCCUCACUACACGCUGUCUUUCACUGUCUCCACAUCACUACAACAGACAUUGUGAACAACCUUC